UUAUUUAAUGUUUUGUUCUCUAUCAGAUCAGAAAAUUGUGAUGGUCUCAUGACUUGUCAUAUACAAAAUUCAUUCAAGGGAAACAACUCCGUAUUUUCUGAAUCUUUUCUGUUUAUGAAAUUCUUGACCUUGCAUCACUGUAAUUUGUAUUGGGCCUAUGAAGGCUAUAUAAGAGAAGGGACAACCCAAUUCCUGAUAGCUAGAUCUUGUGGUCUCUGGGGGCAUUGCUUCAACACCAAGUGUAUGGAAUAAGACUUUCCUUAGAACAAGGGCAGCAUGUUCACUUUGAGAAGCACCAUGUCCACUGCCUUGAGAUGUCCGUUUUUGUCCCGAAUUCCGGUCAACCAGGUCAGAAAGACGGCCAAUCAGCUGAUGACCUACGCCGAGCGAUGUCCAGUAAUGGUGCAUGCCAUGAACUACAUGUCUACGCCAGACAUGAUGACCGUGACAGACGAGCCCCUGGAGAAGCAGUGCCCAUUCUUUGCUAAGGAGGGACUGGCCAUUAAGGACGUCAAGAACCAUGUCUCCUCACUGAAGGAAGCUAAUCCUAAGAAGGAAACCGUAGCUCAGCCAGAUAUGACCGUUAACAAGGCUACAGCUGCUGAGGCUGAGAUUGCUGCCCCUAAAUACCCCUCAGGCAUCACUGUGGAGAAAACUCUUGAGUACAUGAAGCAGUGGGGGAAAGACAACAAGAAAGAGUUGGAAGCAGAAGAGGAGAAGCAGGAGGAGACAACUGAGGGUCAACCAAAGCUGUUCAACUACGAGGAUUUCUUUGAGGGUGAGAUAAACAAGAAGAAAGACGACCAUACCUACCGCGUGUUUAAGAAUGUCCAGCGCAGGGGGAGGGAAUUCCCCUUCGCUGAGGACCACUCCACGGGGAAAAAGAAGGACAUUACUGUCUGGUGUAGUAACGACUACCUGGGGAUGAGCUGGCAUCCCAAGGUCAUCAAUGCUGUCAGUGAAGCUUUGAAGAAGCAUGGUGCUGGUGCAGGAGGGACUAGAAAUAUAUCGGGGAAUUCCCCUCUACAUGAAGGUCUGGAGAAAGAGCUAGCAUCACUUCACCAGAAAGAGGCUGCCUUAGUGUUCACUUCCUGUUACGUAGCCAAUGACACCACUCUUUAUACUCUAGGAAAGGCUAUUCCAGGUGUUCAUAUGUUUUCUGAUGCUGGAAACCAUGCUUCCUUGAUUCAAGGUAUACGAAACAGUGGCGUCCCCAAGCAUAUAUUCCGACAUAACGAUCCACUGCAUCUGGAGGAACUUCUGCAGAAAGUGGACAAGAGUGUCCCGAAGAUUGUGGUGUUUGAAACCGUGCAUUCCAUGACAGGUGAUGUAUCCCCCCUGAAUGAGUUGUGUGAUGUGGCCCACAAGUACGGGGCUAUAACCCUUGUAGACGAGGUCCAUGCCGUGGGUCUCUAUGGUGACCACGGGGCAGGGAUCGGGGAGAGAGACGGGUGUAUGCACAAGAUUGACAUUAUAUCAGGAACUCUAGGUAAAGCGUUUGGUAAUGUUGGGGGGUACAUUGCCUCCUCCGCCCGUACGGUGGACAUGAUCAGGAGUUACGGCGCGGGCUUCAUCUUCACUACCAGUCUCCCUCCCACAACUCUGGCAGGGGCAACUGCCUCCAUUAGGGUAUUGCGCAGUGAAGAAGGGAGACAACUGAGGGCUCGCCAGCAGAGCAAUGUUAAAUAUCUGAGAAGUAACUUGAUGGAGGCUGGGAUACCCGCUCUACACUGCCCCAGUCACAUCAUCCCUAUUCACGUUGGAGAGGCUGCAUUGUGCACACAUCUGUCAGCCGAGCUCAUGAAUAAACAUGACAUCUAUGUCCAGGCCAUUAACUACCCGACCGUGGCCCGGGGGCAGGAGCGGCUCCGCGUGGCCCCCACCCCCCAUCACACCAAGGCCAUGAUGGAUUACUUCGUAGCCUCGGUGGUCAGCGUGUGGAAGGAGAAUGGUCUGGAGCUAAACAGAGAGCGGUCAGUGUGUCCCGAGGAGUGCGAGGUCUGUCAGAAACCGCUGGACAUCCAGAUACUGCAGGCCGUGGAGAAAGUGUGUGGGCGCUCCAACUGUACCUACGCCUCGCUCCAGCAAAACAUCGCCUCGCUCCCGCAAAACGUCGCCUUCGCUUAAAGGGAGGCAACUCAAGGAAAUAGUACAAGACAUUAAAAAGAAAAUAAAAAAUGGAAAACUGGAAAAUGUUUUAAAAAAUAUAUGGGGGGAAAUAUUUAGAUAAUGACAAAAUGCUAUUGUUGAGUAAGUCUUACGAUUGUGUUUAUUUUUCCUAAAAAUGUAACAAUUAUUUUAUUUUUUUAUACAAGCAACAAAAGUUUAUUUUUUUAUUAUUUGAUAUGUUUAAAGAAAAUGUUAUUACAUAAUGCAUCUUGUGUUUGAUUCCGAUUAAGAAAAAAGUAACUCUAAAAACAGCCUGUAAGUUUAUUUCCAAAGGUUUUCUUCAGGCUUCGUAGCUUUGUGUUGGUUGUAAAAUGUUGUGGCCUUCACUUUUAGUUUAGAAUAUCUAGCCAAAAUUGGUUUUAGUAUAAAUUUUUUUCAAAAACUAGUUACCAUAGCUUAUAUCAUCCCUUUAGCAUUUUAUAAACAUGACUUCAGUGAGAUGAUGCAGUCACUGGAUAGUUAUUUUUAUUGUAU